AUGGACCCUUUGCUUGCACUCGGGUAUAAAAAAACAUUGGACCUUGAUGAUGUUCCUCAACUUGCCAGUUGUGAUAGUGCUAAUGUGGUCUUUGCUCGUUUUAGAGAUAACCUUGAAUCUGAUUAUAAUGGCAAUGGUAAUGGUAGUCAGGUAAGCACGCUCAAGCUGGUGAAGGCAUUGAUUUUCUCAACGUGGGAAGAAAUUCUAUGGACGGCUAUAUUCUCCAUUGCAUGUAUGUUGGCUUCUUAUGUUGGACCAUAUCUUAUUGAUUCUUUUGUUCAGUAUCUCAAUAGCCCUUACCAACUAAAAUAUAAAGGCUAUGUUCUAGUAUUUAUUUUCUUUCUUUCAAAGCUCAUAAGAUGCAUCUUAGAAAGGUUCUUGUUCUUUCAUCUGCGAAAGAUGGGAAUUAAGGUCCGUGCUGCAUUAUUCUCAAUAAUCUAUAAAAAGGGUCUCAGGAUUUCAAGCCAAUCAAAGCAGGGACACACUAGUGGUGAGCACAUUAAUAUGAUGAGUGUUGAUGUUGGAAGGAUUGGCCUUUUCAGUUGGUACUUGCACAAUAUAUGGAAGGUGCCUAUUCAAAUUGUUCUAGCAUUGUUGAUCUUGUACAAGAGCCUUGGGCUAGCUUCACUUGUAGCUCUUGUUGCCACAAUGAUUUUGAUGUUAGCAAAUAUUCCACUAGGAAAAUUACAAGAGAAAUAUCAAGAGGAAUUGAUGGAUUCAAAAGAUCGACGGAUGAAGGUGACAUCUGAGGCUUUGAGGAAUAUUAGGAUUCUCAAGUUCCAAGGCUGGGAAAUGAAGUUCUUGGCUAAGAUAAUUGAACUCAGAAACUUUGAAACAAGAUGGAUAAAAAAGUUAUUGUAUUCAUCAGCUAUGAUUUCCUUUGUCUACUUGUCUGCUCCCAUGUUUGUAUCAAUGGUUACGUUUGGGUUUUGUAUGUUCAUGGGAAUUCCACUAGAGUCGGGGAAGAUUAUAUCUGCACUGGCAACAUUUGAGAUAUUGCGAGGGCCCAUUUAUAAUCUCCCAGACACAAUAUCCAUGGUAGUUCAAACUAAAGUUUCCCUUGAUAGGAUAACCUCAUUCCUUUGUCUCGAUGAUUUUCAUCCGAAUAUAGUACAGAAGCCUCCAAAAGAUGGUGCUGAGGUUGCAAUUGAGAUAGUCAAGGGGAAUUUCUCUUGGGACCUUCAUUCGCCUAAUCUCACAUUAAAAGAUCUUAAUUUUCGAGUGUAUCAUGGUAUGGGUGUGGCUAUUUGUGGUUCUGUUGGAUCAGGCAAAUCAAGCUUACUUUCAUGCAUAUUGGGGGAAGUGGCGAAAGUAUCAGGAGACAUUAAGUUAAAUGGGACGAAAGCCUAUGUGGCGCAAUCACCUUGGAUACAAAGUGGUAAGAUAGUAGACAAUAUAUUGUUUGGUAAGGAGAUGGACAAGGAAAGAUAUGAGAUGAUCCUAGAAGCAUGUUCAUUAAAGAAUGACCUAAAAUUGUGUGCCUUUGGGGAUCAAACUAUCAUAGGGGAGAGAGGGAUUAACCUAAGUGGUGGGCAGAAGCAAAGAAUCCAGAUUGCACGUGCUUUGUACCAUGAUGCUGAUAUCUAUCUACUUGAUGAUCCUUUCAGUGCUUUGGAUGCUCACACAGGAACUCAUCUAUUCAAGGUAACCAUAGAUCAAAGUGCAGUUGAUACCUCUAUUCCACAACAAAUUGAAGAACUUCUUAUCUCAAUCAUAGGAUUCCUAGGAACUGCUGCAGUAAUGUCACAAAUUGCAUGGCAAAUGUUAAUAGUUUUUAUUCCGAUGACUGUGACAUGCAUUUGGUACCAGCAAUACUAUAGAUCUACAGCACGAGAACUUUCAAGGAUAGCUGGAGUAUGCCAAGCUCCAAUUAUACAACAUUUUGCUGAAUCUAGUUUAGGUUCAACCACAAUCAGAUGCUUCGAUCAAGAAGAGAGGUUUAUGGACACAAACCUCAAGCUAGUGGAUCAGUAUUCCCGACCGACAUUUCAUAUCUCUGGCGCAAUGGAGUGGUUAUGCUUCCGCAUGGAUAUGUUGACAUCCAUCACAUAUGCCAUCUCUUUGGUUUUCUUGAUGUCAAUGUUGAAGGGAGUACUUAGUUCUGGUGUUAUGGGUUUAGCAGUCACAUAUGGGCUUGGUUUCAGUAUGCAUGGGGUCAUAUGGGAUCUUUGCAUUCUUGAAAAUAUAAUCAUAUCCGUUGAGAGAAUACUACAAUACACCUACAUCCCUAGUGAACCCCCUUUGCUGGUAGAUGAAAAUAUGCCAAGUCAUGAAUGGCCAUCGCAAGGGAAAAUUGAUAUUGUUAAUUUGCAGGUUCGGUAUGCCCCACACCUUCCUCUUGUUUUGCGAGGUCUCACAUGCACUUUCCCCGGAGGGAUGAAGAUUGGCAUUGUUGGGCAAACUGGAAGUGGUAAAUCAACUCUCGUGCAAGCUCUCUUUCGUAUGAUUGAACCUACAACAGGUCAGAUUUUGGUAGAUGGUAUCAACAUCUCCAAGAUUGGCCUUCAUGACUUACGGCCAAGAUUUAGCAUCAUCCCACAAGAUCCAACAAUGUUUGAGGGGACUAUAAGAAGCAAUCUUGACCCGCUUGAAGAGUACACUGAUGAACAGAUGUGGGAGGCUUUAGAUAGAUGUCAACUUGGUGAUGAGGUUAGAAAGAAGAAAGGGAAGCUUGAUUCUACAGUGGCUGAGAAUGGAGAGAAUUGGAGCAUGGGUCAACGACAACUAGUUUGUUUAGGGCGGGUAUUACUCAAGAGGAGUAAAGUGUUAGUACUUGAUGAAGCUACUGCUUCGAUGGACGUUGCGACUGACUAUCUAAUUCAGCAAACGCUUAGUCGACACUUCUUAGGGUCUACUGUCAUCACAAUUGCACAUAGAAUAACAUCAAUUCUUGAUAUUGAUAGGGUCCUCCUUCUUGAUAAUGGUUAGUAACUAGUAAUUAGUACAACACACUCAAAUGGGUUCAAUUGAGAUCGGUAAUGUGUCUUCUCAUCCUUUUUUGGUGCUUGCUGAAUCAGGUUAACAUGUUUUCUUGUCUUAUGCAGGCCUUGCACAGGAAUAUGAUUCUCCAACCAGAUUGUUAGAGAUCAAAUCCUCAUCAUUUGCAAAGCUUGUUAAUGAAUAUACUCGAAG